CCUCCGUACAGCACGUGUGUUACACCAUAGUUCCAUCCAAGAUGGCGGCGCCCGUAAUACAAACAUGCCAUGUCGCAUGUUGUGCAAAUCGCACUCCUAACGUUGUAUCUUGGAGUAAAAGCGGCUUAAUUGCUUUCGGAACCUGUCAUUCUGUGGCUCUGUAUAACCCUCCGGAGAGAAUAACAGUCGGUAUUCUGAAUGGACACACUGCUCGGGUGAAUGCUGUUCAGUGGGUGAAGCGUGAGGACGGUGGACCUGAAACAGAGUUGGUGUCAGGAGCCUCUGAUAACAACGUCAUAGUAUGGACGAAUGCGGUCACACAGGCCCCUUCCCAGGUGAAGUGCGUUGGGCACACGGCUCCCGUGUGUGCUGUGGAUGCGAUCUACCUGGACGGCGGUGCUCGGCUACUCAUCGCCUCUGUGGCCUCGGACUCCACGGUGAAGCUGUGGCUCAGAGAAGAGGGAGUAGGGAAAGUGGAAUGCCUUCAGACGCUGUCUUUUGGGAGUGGAUUCAUGAUGGAUGUCUCCUUGGCACUGUUGCCAGGCAGCCGAGUACCUGUUCUGGCCUGCGGGGGAGACGACAGCAAGGUCCACAUCUAUGUGCGGCACAAGGAUGAGUUCCAGAGAGUGCUGUCUCUGCAGGGUCACGAGGACUGGAUACGCGGAGUGGAGUGGGCCGCAAAAGAUGGAGAGCUGCUGCUGGCCAGCUGUGCUCAGGACUGUCUGAUCCGGCUGUGGAGGCUGUUUGCCAAGGCCGAGCCGCCCCAAUCCCUGGAGGCAGAGGCAGAGGCAGAGGCAGGCCAGGGGGAACCAGCCCUGAGGCUCAAGGAGGACCUCUUUCAAGUGGCACACAACGGCUCCAGUGCGGUCUUCGCCGUGUCUCUGGAGACCGUGUUGGCUGGCCAUGAGAACUGGGUGUAUGGCGUUCACUGGCAUCCAGCAUACAUCAAAGACGGGAAGCUGCAACAGCCACUGAGCCUGCUCUCGGCUUCCAUGGACAAGACCAUGAUCCUUUGGAGCCCAGAGGAGGGAUCAGGAGUCUGGGUGGAGAAGGUGCGAGUGGGUGAGGUUGGGGGCAACACGCUGGGCUUCUACGGUUGCCAGAUGAGCCCAGAUGGCUCCAUGAUCCUGGCACACGCCUUCCACGGAGCCCUCCACCUGUGGCAGCGAAAUGACAACCAGGAUUCCGCCUGGAGUCCGGCGGUGGUGGUCUCGGGCCACUUCAGCUCUGUGCAGGACCUGAGCUGGGACCCAGACGGGGAGUUUGUGCUGAGCGUGGGCUCCGACCAGACCACUCGCCUCUUCACACCCUGGAGAGGGGCAGGGGCAGGGGGAGAGGGAGAGGGAGCCAGCCAGCAGCUCACGUGGCAUGAGAUCUGCCGCCCUCAGAUCCACGGUUACGACAUGCAGUGCCUGGCGCCCGUGGGACGUUUCCAGUUCGUGUCGGGCGCUGACGAGAAGGUGCUGCGAGUGUUCCGAGCCCCCCGCAACUUUGUGGAGAACUUCGCCAACAUCUCGGGCACGCCACUGCAGCAGCUGCUGAACUCCAGCGACACUGUGGACCUGCCAGAGGGAGCCAGCACCCCGGCCCUGGGCCUGUCAAACAAGGCUGUCUUCCAAGGUGACCUCAUGUCUCAGACGACAAAAGGGGAAGAUGGGGAUUACAACAGUGUGUCGGAUCAAUACAAAGAGUCUUACUUCCAUCCUCUCACCCUUUCUGAACCUCCCCCUGAGGACCACCUUCUCCAGAACACACUCUGGCCAGAGGUGCAGAAACUUUAUGGCCACGGUUUUGAGCUCUUCUGUCUGGCGUCUGACUCCUCGAGGACAUAUGUGGCCUCCGCCUGCAAGGCGGCCAAGGCGGAGCACGCGUCCAUCCUGCUCUGGAGCGCCUCCUGCUGGCGCCGACUGCAGGCGCUGGCGUGUCACAGCCUGACGGUCACGCAGAUGGCCUUCUCCCCCGACGCGCGGCUGCUGCUCGCCGUCUCGCGUGACCGCACCUGGUCACUCUGGCGACGCCAGGAGACAACAUCUGAGGACGACGCCAGCAACACAGAGUUGCCGUUCUCUCUCUAUGCCCAUACCGGAAAGGACACGGCGGUGCACUCGCGCAUCAUCUGGUCAUGUGACUGGAGCUUUGACAACAAGUACUUUGUCACGUCGAGUCGAGACAAGAAGGUGAUCGUGUGGGGACAUGGUGCCUCUGGUGACCUGAUGGGAGAGGGGACUGACCCCAUCAGACCGUGUGGAGCCGUGCUGGAUGUCGGGGACUCGGCCACCGCUGUGGCCUUCUGCCCCCACCCUUGUCCAGACGGCAGCUACCUGUUGGCGGUGGGUUUGGAGAGUGGUCGCAUCCUGCUGUACAAGUGGCGACCACCAGGGGCAGCGGCGGCAGCAGCAGGAGAUCAGACGUCCACAGGAAGUGCUGCAGCUGGGGGCUGGACCAAAUGCGGCGAGACGGACGCUUCGUAUCCUUUCAUCAAAGAUGUUCAAUAUGUCCU